AAUGAAUUGAGCUUAGUGGAGCCAAAGAAAGAAUGUCCUUGGUCAAAAGACAGAAAUUGGACUCGAAUGAGAAUGCAUCUUUGAUUAAAUCUAAGGUCCUGGAAACAACUAGCAGUAAUCUUUAUGAAGAAGCUGUUGUACUUGAAGGUCAUCAGGGAAGUGUUUUAUCCUCUAAAUUCAGCAAUGAUGGUUCCAAAAUAGUUACCGGAGGUAUCGAUAAAACUAUUCAACUUUGGAAUUUGCCCACAACCGGAGAAGGAGAUGAGCCAAACUAUGGAACGUUAUCAGGGCAUAAGUCUGCGGUUACAUCUGCAAAAUGGUUGUAUGAUGAUCUAACUGUCGUGAGUGCUAGUGCUGACACAACCAUCGGAUUUUGGGACGGUGAAACAGGUCAAAGAAUUAGAAAAUGUGUUGGCCAUGAAUUAACCAUAAAUGAGGUUGAUAUAUCAAAAGACUCGAUAGCUUUAAGCGUGAGUGACGACGGUUCAGCUAGGUUAUGGGAUCAAAGACAAAAGACGUCCUCUGCUGAAAUUAUAACUGAGUUCCCAUUAUUGACCGGUUCGUUCAAUAAUCAUGGAAGUGUAAUAUAUUUUGGUGGGAUAGACCCGACUAUCAAAGCUUAUGAUAUGAGGGUUGUUGAUAAACCACUCUGGGAAAGCAGUGGUCAAUCGGACUCAAUCACAUCAAUAGCAAUCAAUAAUGACGACUCUAUUUUAAUAAGUCGUGCCAUGAAUGGUGAUAUUAGAACUUACAGUGCAAAAGAUCAUGUUCCUGAUGGUAUAUCUAGAAUUAGUCCUUACGUAUAUGACGGGGCGCCUUCAGGAAAUGAGAUGCAAUUGAUAAGGACGACUUUCAGUAAUAACAACGUAUCAAUAAUUUCGGGGUCAGAAGAUAAAACUGUAACUCAAUUCGAUUAUAAUUCGAGGAAGAUUUUGAAAAAGCUUGCAGGACACCGUGGUACAGUUUUAGAUGUGGAUUAUCAUCCUACAGAGAAUAUAGUGCUUACAAGUUCCACAGAUGGCCUGGUAAUUGUGAGGCAUAUAUAAUUAUUGUACAAUAGAUUAAACAAAUAGUUCAUAAAUGCAUUAAUAAAAUAAAAAUAAGAAUGUAU